AUGUCGACCGCAAACGAAAAUAGGGAUCAUAGCGAUGGAGAUUCGAGUUUCGAAGGUUUUAUGGAAAGCGAUAUUCUAGGUGAUGUUUCUGAUACUGAUGUAGGAGAUAUAUCGGUGAGUGAUAUAGAAUCUAGCGACGAUGAAGUGUCUGACGAUGACAUGAAUUGGACCGAUCGGUUUGACAACAAUUUUGAUGUAAACGAUUUUCUUGAAGAGACCGGACCGCAACUUCCACCUGAGUUUGAUGUACACACGGCUUCGCCGUUGGAUUACUUCUACCUAUUGUUCCCAGUGACAUUAUUGAUUGAUAUUGUUGGCCAUACAAAUAAUUAUGCAAUGUGGAAAAUGGAACAAUCAGGCGAAAAUGACCCCAAAUGGACUGGCACCACACUUGAGGAAAUGGCGGCAUACAUUGGGCUGAAUAUUUUUAUGGGCAUCGACUCGAAACCGCACUAUAACAUGUACUUGUCAAUGGAUGACUUCAAUGGAAAUGCUUGUUUUAAAAAGACAAUGACUUGCAAUCAGUAUGAAAAAAUCACUCAGUAUUUUCAUGUGGCUGAUCGCCAAUCUGAGCCUGGCCGUGGAUCACCCAAUUAUGAUCGCCUCUUCAAAAUUCAACCCAUCAUGAAUGUUGUGAAGGACACCUUCUACAGAUUCUUCAAACCAAACAGGGAGUUAGCAAUUGACGAAGGUAUGAUAAAAUUUGCAGGAAGGAACUCCAUAAAACAAUAUAUGCCAGCUAAACCUGUGAAACGUGGUGUGAAGGUUUGGAUGAGAUGUGAUUCCAAAACUGCAUAUCUAACCAAAUUCAAUUUCUACUUGGGAAAAUCGGACAAACAGAAGUACUAA